CUACUUUGGUCCUCAAAGCUCUAAAGAAAGAUCAGCAUAUGCCCACUCUUGUAUUUGAGUGGAAUGAAGCAGGUUUCAUUGAUGUUCUCACUGCUCCAGGUUUUCGAAAUGGCAUUGCCGGCCAAAAUAAGGCUGCGAUUAUCACAAAUCUUACGACAAAUGGAGCAACAAGCUAUAAUGAUAUCGUAUUUACAUUUCCAAAUGGCAAUGCCAUUGGAGCAUGGGUUGAUCAGAUACGCAUAAUGUAUCCACCAAAAUUUACCCUGGAAGCACCACUCAAACCAAUAUAA